AUGCCGCUGCAGCUCAGCGGCCUCGGCGUCCGCAACCUGCGCCGAACUGGGAUCUCCCUCCGCACUCGCUGGCUCUGGCUUCAAGCAACGGACCAGACGCGCCCCUGGAGCCAUCUUCCUCUCCCUGCCGACCCCGAGACGCAGGCCAUUUUCCGUGCUUCCACCCGAUGGGAACUUGGCGAUGGUCGCACCUGCAAAAUCUGGACUGACCAUUGGGUUCAUGGCCAGUCGAUCGCCGAGAUCGCGCCGGCUAUCUUUGCUAUGGUGCCCAAGCGACACCGCCAACGUCGCCUCGUGGCCGAGGGGCUCCAAGACCGUGCUUGGGUUCAGGACAUCGUUGGCGCCUUGGGCCCCCUGGCGACUGUUCAGUACAUUGAGCUAUGGAGGCGCCUACUCCCGUUAUCAACCUCCGGGCAUCCCGACAUUCUUCGGUGGCGAUGGACAGCAAAUGGCACAUACUCUGCAAAAACCUGCUACGACGCUCUCUUCCUCGGCUCCAUCACAUUGCCGCAUGCCACACUCACCUGGAAGACUUGGGCCCCUCUUAGCGUCAAGUUCUUCAUAUGGCUAGCCUUGCAAGACCGGUGCUAG